GCUGAAGACGCAGACGAUGAUUAACAUGAACCCUAAGUUUUCAAGCGAGCAGCCACAAACCAGCUCACGCUGUCUUUAUCGUUGUCAUCGGAGAACAGAUCCCACGUGGAAAAAGUGUUGGAGAAGAAAGACGAUCUUUAUUCAUCAUCACACCUGAGUAACGCACUUGUCAAGCAAGACUGCAAAUCACAAUGAUGGCAGAGUCUCUGUCCUUCUGUGGCCCCACAGGCUCCCUUUCAGGGUGGGAGCUGGAUGCCUGGUAUGAAGAUCUUCAGGACAUCUUGUGUUCAGACACAAAGAAUACAGAGCUAUUCCAGCCUGUUACAGUAAACGACCAGGAGCUGGUGCCAGGAGAUUUGGACAAUCCUUACAUCUGGACUUUAGAUUCAUUGAGCUCUCCCUUGCCUGUGGAUUUUAAUGAUGCUAUUGAUUUGGAAGAUGUUGUUCAGCAGUUGCCAUCUGAUACUCUAGAAUUAUUAAACACAGAAUUACCUGAUGAUGGUUGCAGUGUACCUCCCAAUCCAUUGGAUGCAGAGGGUGCUCAGUCCUACAUAACCCCUGAACAAGAUUCUUGCUCCCCAGCCUAUACACUCACAGAAGAUGAGGAAUCUUGUACCAGUCAAUGUAGCACAAAGAGAAAGCGUCACAGCCAGCCAAAAGGAGGAAAGGUUCGUGUGAAAGAGAGGGAACAGGAAAAUGAAAAGAAAGUUCAGCAUUUGGUUGCUGAGAAUGAACGAUUAAAGGGGGAAAUAGAACGUCUCAGCAUUGAAGUAGAAAAGACCAGGAAGGCUUUGAUAGACAGGAUGGUGAACCUUAAAACGGUUUAAACUUGAUACAUUUGAACUGACUAGUGUUUUAUUGGAGACUAUAACAUAAGGAUACUUGUGUAUCCUCUUGCAGCUUUGAAUUUAUAGACUACCUAUCAUUGGAUAGUGAAGAAAUGUGAGGACAAACAAGUGGAUUACAAUUUUUUUUUUUUGGUCACCUGUAUGUUAUGUGGUUAUUUAGCAUGUAUGUGCUCCUUUUUAUAUAAUAAAACUUAACUAUUCAUAA